CAGCUGAGGAGAAGGCAGUGGACAACCCCUGGCUCUUUGGCUGGAGAUGCGUGAGUGUGGGCUGAGGUGUGCCGGGCAGAGUGCUGGGGUGGACAGCCAGGUCAGACAGCUGAGGAGGAGGCAGUGGACAACCCCUGGCUCUUUGGCUCCAGGCACCUCUAGGGAGGGAGAGUAGAUGCCUGCGGCUGCCGUUACCCAGGGUGUUUCCCUCAACCUGGGGGCCCUGCCUGUCUCCAGCCUCCCACUGCUGGUCCACCCGCUCCACACGGACUACUGUAGGCUAGGGGAACACAGCAGGGGCAGGGCACUUAUCGUCAUAGGGAAAAAGCUGGUCAGCGAGAAGAGCAUUUUCUCAAACCCUUCCCUCUUCACCCGAGGCAGUCAAGGAGUGGCCAUUGCAAGUCAGCUAAGCGAGUUGUCUUCGUACCAGUCUUCCUGUGGAGGAGUGACCCCUGAGAGACUCCUCACCUGCUGGUCUGAGACUCAGAGCUGUGAUACAGGCCUCUCUACUGAACAGAGCUCUCUCUACUCAUGGAGAUAUGAUGAGUUUGACAGAGUGAACACCCAGCAUGUGCGUCAGCUAUUCAGUGAUGUGGACGAGCUGCUGUAUGAAGGGAGGGUGAACAGCAGCUCCCUUGGACUGCAGGAGGAGUGUCAGGAGUGGAACGGACACUCCCCACACCUCAGAAUUCUGGGUAAUCAGCUGGAGUCGCCCAAUCAGGAAGGGUUUCAGUACAUUCACAGGAGAAUGGAGGCCAGUGGAGGGAGAGGGGGUACAGUGCUGCCCCCAUGUGUGGACAAGAGGGAGAACUCUGGAGAGUUAUGUGUUGAAGGUCACGGUCUUUCCCCAACUCCCUGCACAUUGCAGGGGGCAACCCCUCUCUCCCACUCUCUCUGUGAUCACUCAUCCCUUCUACAAGAAGAGGUCUACGAGGCAGAGGGAAGGAUGGAGGAAUUUCUUGCCUAUGAUGCCAAAGACACGGAGGAUGAGUGGGUGAGUCAGAGAGGAGUCUCGGGAUCUGUGGGGGCAGCAGGGAGAUCCGGGGUACCCCCUGUGUCUCCCCACACCUGUAUCAGGGAUGCCGUGGCUGACGAGGCCUUUGAUGACAUGUGGAGGGAGGUGGUGAACUCUCUGGGGGAGCUCCUCCACAAACACUGGCAGAGACAAAUCACUGGUGGAGCAGGUCACAGAGGAGUUUUGGAGGCUCUUGGUGGAGUCUUGGGUGAUCCCUCUCCUCACAUCAACAGUAAAUGUCAGCGUGUCCCUCUCUCCAGGGGCUCCAACACACGUAGCAUGCUGCUGUGGUCCAACUGUUGCCCCAGUACACAGGCCUCUCAGGUAUCAAGUACCUUCGAGAUGAAUUUAAACGGUGUUAUGACAAUCCAAGCCAAGCCUCUUCAACAAAGACAACAUGGAUUUGCAGAGAAGUCUCAUUGUGAUCUGGAGGACAGACCCAGCAGAGCUCCAGCCCCCACUAUGUCUCCAUCCAGGAGAGCAUGUAGUACGCCCUCCCACAGAGCCCCAGGCCCAGCUCAGCGAGGCCUGCCCCUGCCCAGGCUCCAUAUCUGCUCCAGACCCAGCUCCACCUCCAGAAGUACCAGCUCCAGGGGCAGGGCCAGGAGCUGCCUCAGCCCCAGACACACUGUCCCCAGACACCAGGUCAUCAGAGGAACCAGACUGACCACAGUGACAGAAGGACAGCCGUCCCCAAUCCUCAGUUCAAUACAGAACCAGAGGCUCCUCCCCCUCCUCCAUGCUGACCAAUCAGAGCUGGAAACCUCCGUGUGUACUGCUGCACCCAUGCAGCUCAGGGGGAGGAUUCUGCAAGGAGGACAUACCACUGUACCCAUCUCCAUCCUUCCACCCCUCAGAGAGCCCACUCUGCUGUUGGAGUCCCUGUCUCGUCCCAACACCACACACACACUCCGGUCAGACACACCCAUGAAGCGAUUGUUCACUCCCAUGGAUUUCACCUGCCACAUGAAGACUGGGAAAGGACCUCACCCAGGUGACUGUGCUCCGAUUGGAGUGACAGGCUUUGGCGUGGGUAUCACCUGCUCCGGCUCCAGCGGCUUCUCCGAGAGCACCAUGACAACGAUGAGACGCCAGCGCCCGCUUUCCUCCUCCGCUGAAGGAGAGAGUGGGACCGAACCACUGCUCUUAGGUGUUCCUCAUCAACGUAAAGUGUUUGGUCGGUUUCCUGGUCAUGUGAAGAAGAGACUCCAGGUGGUGUUGUCAUAGCAGCACAGUCCAGACAGGAAGACCAGAAUGCAUCAGGAACACCAACACUUGGAAUUAAUGGGUGUGACUUGAUGAAGUACAGCUACGGUGAGAUUUACCAUAGAACUAACACAAGAGUUUGGACUUACGUUUUGAAGCCAUUGCUAUGGUGAUAGCUAGCUAGCCUCCCUGACAGAGGUAAGACCGCAAUGUGCAGAUAACGGGUGGACAAUAAGGAGAGGGUUUUAAUUUGAAAAUACCACAUUUAGGUUGCAAUGGCAUUUAGCAGGACAAAUCUGCUUGGUUAUAUUUUAUAUCUGCCGUUUUAAUUAGAUACAUUGUAGUUUGUUUAUGUGGCAAGAGCGAUUACAGGAUAGGACAAAUGUGAUUAAAUACAUUGUUCACUACUGUUUGUUUUUUAAAGCUAGCUAGCAUUGUGAAGCAGUGUCUAUGCAUACAAGCAAUCGUACGCUGAUAUUUCAUCCAAAAUAAACAAUCAGCAGUGAAAUAUUGAUAGUUUUUUUUGUGAAAAUCUAAGUUAUAUAAAAUACAGUACAAUAUGAGGCCUCCCGAGUGUCGCAGCAGUCUUAGGCACUACAUUACAGUGAUUGAGUUGUCACUACAGACCCAGGUUAAAUCCCAUGCUGUGUCGCUGCCGGCCGCGACUGGGCGACCCAUGAGGUGGGCACAAUUGGCCUAGCGUUGUCCGGGUUAGGGGUUUGGCCGGCUGUGAUGUCCUUGUCCCAUCACCCUCUAGUGACUCCUUGUGGCAGGCCAGGCACCUGCAAGCUGACUUCAGUCGCCAGCUAGACGGUGUUUCCUCUGACACAUUGGUGCGGCUGGCUUCCGGGUUAAGUGAGCAGUGUGUCAAGAAGCAGUGCGGCUUGGCAGGGUCGUGUGGUAAAAAAAGUUGUACAAAAAUGUAUUCUCCAAUAGCCUACAACUGUGAUCAGGGAUUUUUAUGUCAUGGCGACGUUGGCAUUCAUUCAAAUAUUGUUUUGAAAUUGUAACAAUAUCAUUUUGUUAUGCAAUAAAUGGCUAUUUCUGUUACUUGCA